GCUCCCCGGAGGGGCGGGUGGGGAGCUGCCGCUGUCUCUCCCAGCCCUGCUGGGCUGGAGAUGUGGUGUCGGGGGUCGCCGGCCCCGAGUGAGUGGUGGAAGCCGGUCUUCCGCUCCUGGGGACCCGCCGCUUGGGGCGGGCGGAUCGCCCCGAGGUACCGGUGGUCGCCUGACGACUACUGCCGCUUUCCGUUGCCUGGGGCGGCCUCCGCUGGCGGCUGCAGAGCGGGGAAGAAACUGUUCAGUAGGACAGAUUUAGCAUGCCACACUUAGCACCACACUUUCAGAAAUGGGCUUUUCACAGCCCUCUCUGAAAACCGCUGGUUGCUCUUGAGCGCUGUUGGUAGAACUAGCCUGCCGCUGCUGUGUGAGGAGUGCUUCCCAGCCUUUUUCCAGCCUGUGGUGUGGAGCCAGCAGGCUAGCUUGUAUCACCUACCUGCUGUUAAUUUUUGGGAGCAACUCAUGGGCAUCCAGGAGGCCUUGGACUGUUGUCUGAAGAAUCUGCCGUGUGUGGUUUCUGGAAAAAUGUCUGGAACCGAUGAUUUUUCGCUGGCAGAUGCUUUACCAGAUCAAUCUCCUGCUAAAACCUCCAAAGUGAGCAGUACAAAACCUGGUCAGCAACCUGGUCAGCCACCACAGGGUUGGCCAGCUUCAAAUCCCUGGAAUAACCCAAGCGCUCCCCCUAUGGCACCAACUGGACUGCCACCAAAUACGUCCGCUUCCACUAUGCCAUUUGGACCUCCACCAACAGGAAUGUAUCCUUCAAUGCCCCCUGGACCGCCUGCUCCAUUUCCUCCUCCUCCUGGUGGUCCAUAUCCACCCCCAACUGUGCCAGGUCCUGUCCCACCAGGGCAAUAUCCUCCACCAAAUAUGCCCUUUCCAGAGCUUCCAAGACCUUAUGGUGGUCCAACAGAGCCAGCUGCACCUCCUGCUCCUGUUGGGCCAUGGGGAUCCAUGCCCUCUGGAGCAUGGGGACCAACAAUAGGAGGGCAGUAUCCUGCACCUAGCAUGCCAUAUCCACCCCCAGGGCCAUAUUCCGCUCCUACCCAGACUCCAGGGGCUGCGCCAACAGUACCAUGGGGUACGGUCCCACCUGGAACAUGGGGACCUUCACCGCCAGGUCCAUUUCCUCCACCCACAGGAUUAUAUCCAGCUCCAGGACUGUAUCCUACGCCCCCUAAUCCUUUUCAAGUGCCAUCUGGUCCUGCUGGUGCUCCAUCAAUGCCUAGUGGUCCUCAUCCUUACCGUUGAAUACAUUCUGGGCAACAAAAUACUGUAGUUUUCCCACCUUCAUCCACUACUUAUAGAGAUUUUUACAGUUUUUGUUUCAGUAAUGUUGGGGGCUAUGAAGAAUACUUGCCUCUUGUAUGUGCAUUUGAGGUAUGAAGGAGCAGUUUGCAUAAAUCUUCUUUGCUCAUAUGCUGGUAUAUGGUUUGGUUUAAUAAAGUGAAUUACAAAGAGCAGAAAU